AUGACAUCGUCUGGAUUUGGACGUAAAUUGGUAAUAGCUGAAAUUGGUGGCCCCGGAAAUCUAUUCCCAGUAAGUCUUGCAAGCUGUAUGAAGACGCUAUCAAUGAGGUGCUUCAAUACCAAUAAGUCGGAAGAUCUCAUAUUUGAGGAAAUUUGUGAGAGCUGUGAAGCACCGUCGUCGUUUGUAUUUGGUCCAGGAGCCGGACCUUGGAAAGUCGUUGGAAGGAACUGUGAGAUGGUGGCUGAUGCAAAUUUCUCAUCUUCAAAGUUUAUUGCAAAGCUUCUGUACGCACUGGGAAAGGACAAUUUUCCAGAAGUCAUUCGCAAGGACUUGCCCAGCAUUAUGGCGAAAAGUGUGUUUCGGUGCCGGUAUUUUUAUGAUGUUGAAAGGAGAAGCGAAACUUCACGUGAUGCCCGACUUUCCCUGUUGCAACUUCAAAUUGAUAAGCAAUGGCUGCGUUUCUUCACAAUGAAAGCUCCGUUGGUAUGUGCGUCGGUUUUUCAUUCUUACGAUCCGGGCCAUAAGCUACGAAUGGAGCACACACACUGUUAUUCGAGCCAUGGAGAUGCAGGACACUACCAUUACGACACUACUCCGGAUACGGUUGUCUAUGAAGGUUAUUUCACAGCAGCAGAAAAGAUCUUCCGGUUUGAUGAGGUUUAG